UGUAAGAACAACAUCCCAAUGGUGGGGGGAGUGGGUGGGGCAAGUUUUGUUUUAUCUGUGGCGAGCGACAUGCUUCAUGGGUAAGUGACAACUAACGUUCACCAUGGCGGAAAUAAUAUUUGUUUUGCUUCUCGUUGGCGUAAUGGGAAUGUCAUAUGCAGGAGGAGUUUUCUUCGUGAAUAUAAUCAAGACAAAUACUCUUUAGUGAUGUCAAUGAGUCGGCUUCUGUGCCUUUGUGCCAAAAGAAACUAUGCCCAAAAAUUACAUCAUGCAAGGAAAUCGUCGCGAACAGAUACCUUUAGUGAGAUUCUGCCAACUGGGAGACUGCGAAAAUGUCCAGAAACUUCUCAAACAAGGUGUGUCUCCAAAUAGUGUCGGAUCUUUUGGUUGGACAGCUUUGCAAGAAGCUGCAAACGAAGGCCAUUCGGCUGUAGUAUCACUACUUUGCCUACAAGGUGACUGUCGAAGCGACCUCAAUUAUUUAGGUUCUGCAGGAGAAACUGCGCUUCACAAAUGUACAGUUAAUGAUGAUGCGAAAACUAUGGAGGUUUUGCUAUCUUUAGGAAGUGAGGUAGAAGUGAGGAACACUGGAGGGCAUUCUGCUCUUCACGUAGCUACCUAUCAUGAUAAUUUUGAAGCCGUAAGGUUGUUGCUGAGUUACAAUGCUGAUGUUAUACUAUGUGAUCGGUGGAACCAAACACCACUACAUAGAGCCGCUGCGAGGGGUUGUAUUUCAGUAGUGCAGCUUCUUCUUGACCACAGAAGUGAUGUGUUUCUCACACAUGACCAGGGUUUCACCCCAUUACACCUUGCUGCAGCAUGGGGAAGCGUGCCAACAGUUGGCUUACUGCUUGCUGCUGGCUCAGAUAUCAAUGCAUUGAACAGAAACAGAAAGACAGCUGCUGAUGUUGGUCAGUCAGCGGAAGCCUCCUUAGCCAUUCACGAUGUUGCUUGUCAAGCUCCUAAGCUACAAUAAUCCUUUGUAUUGUAGUCGUAAAGAAAUUGCUUUCUCAAGAUCCAAUUCAAAAGAUCAGUCAGCUUCCAGUGUCCCAAGUUUUUAUCAAAAUGCAUGGAAAAUUUAUCUCCGGUAGAUAGGGGUGUGAGCUUUAAUUCAGAGUAGUGUUGAGAUGCAGGUUUAUAAAUUAUGUCAACAUUGUUAUUCUGCAAGCAGUAGUGUGAGCAGUAAGAAUUAUAGGUCUUUGAAGCGAUUGAUUGACAUCAACAGCUCUCAUUAAUAUCAUUUCUACUUCUGCUGUUUUGUUUAUUGUCCAUUUUUUUUGUAUAUAUAAUAUUCUUUUUUGUAACACAGACUUAAAUGCUAUCAGACAAAAAAUAUUUGAAUGAUGUACUUGGUUUUAAGAGAUUUAAAAUUCUGCAUCUUACA